AUGUCGUUUUUUUCAUUUCUGUGUUGUUCAUCUCCUAGCAAUGAUAGAAAGCUCAAAUCCGAAAUUACUUAUUCGAAACCACUUUCAUCUACACAGAAGAAUCUGAGGAAAACAUUAGAGAGGGAUAAUAUGAAUAUACGUGGAAAGCCAGCAGGUCCUUCCAAGCCUACACAGAAAGCUACCCUGGUAGUAGCCGCUAGGAGCGAUGACAACAAGUCAAGUGAGAGCAAAGAAACUGUAACUAUUAAAGAGAGCAGCAGUAGCUCCGGAGAAACUAAUAAUGCACAUACUGAUCAAGAUGGAGAUCUAGUAAUGAAAGGAUCUGAACCAUUUUCUAAUUCGUCUUCUCCGAAGUUUUCUUCGGGGAAAUUACCAACUGUUGAAAGCGACACAGUCAACCAGGAAUACGAACAUGACCUUGACAAUGAACACAAUAAAACUAUUAAUGAAAAUGAGGCCAAUCCAUUAUCUAACAUUUCAAGUAAUUCUGAGCUGCCCGUUUUGAAUAAUGAUGAGUUUGACUAUUUAUCUAAUGAAUUAGAUUUAACAGAAAUUCAGCCUGGUCAGGUUGUGGCUAGUUCGGGAUGGCUGCUAAACCCUGCACCAUCGAACUUGAAGAAGAGGAAAUGUCUCAUUCUAGAUUUGGAUGAAACCCUAGUGCAUUCAUCGUUCAAGUAUAUCAGGCAAUGUGAUUUUGUCAUACCGGUGGAGAUUGAGAAUCAAGUUCACAACGUUUAUGUUAUUAAAAGACCCGGAGUGGAUCAGUUUUUGAAGCGGUGUGGAGAGUUAUAUGAAGUUGUAGUGUUUACCGCCAGUGUUUCCAGAUAUGGUGAUCCUUUACUAGAUAUCUUGGAUCAACACAAAUCCAUUCAUCAUAGAUUGUUCAGAGAAAGUUGUUACAAUUAUCAAGGAAAUUACAUCAAGAACUUGUCCCAAAUCGGUAGACCAUUAGAAGACUUAAUUAUCAUCGACAACUCUCCUGCUUCAUACAUAUUCCAUCCUCAGCAUUCUGUCCCUGUGUCAAGUUGGUUUAGUGACACUCAUGACAGCGAGUUAAUUGACUUGCUGCCAUUUUUGGAGGAUUUGGCCAGAGACAAAGUUGAUAAUGUGUCGCUAGUUCUUGAUGUGAACAUCUAA